AUGUUUGACUUGCUAGAGUUUGAGCUAUUGGAGCCCUUUGAAACCAUUAAUCUGUGCAAUGGUUACGAUCCCAUUGACCCUCUAAACACCUCGAUCUGUUACAAUCCAUUUUCGUGUAUUUCAGUGUUGAGAAACGAUAAUUUCCACAGAUUUGCCACUGGAAUUGACCGUGAGAAGAUGAAGAUGAAGGAGGAUUUUCCUCACUCCGAAGGUUUGCAGCGAAAACGCAACCUUCCCACAGAGGAAGAACAGGUUCUUCGCGAAGACCUGAGAGCGGAUUUCGAACAGAGAUAUUUCACAGAAACCGGUAUAGAAGACUUGAGGCCUUACAAGAAAUCGACUCUUCCGGGUAACUCGAAUUACAAGAAGCCACGGCCCAAGCGGGGUGAAUUGAUACUGCACGAUAACAUGCAAAAUACGGAGUUUGGUCUUAUCAACGAUAUCAGAGUUGUCAUUCCCUCGCCUGAGGUUCUGGAAGCUUUGUUAGAUUGUUUCUUCACGGAUUUGUUUCCGUAUAUGCCGUAUCUUAUUGAAUCAGACUUUAGAAAGAAGGUUGCUAGACUAAUGCUGCAGAAGAACUUCACGAUUACAAAUCGUAUGGAUCUAGCAACAGUCGGAACUUUGUUCAUUCUCAUAAAGCUGACAUUUACGUCCAUACAGUUGCAUACCCACCCGACUGAUAAGGAAAGGUUUAUUCUGGAAAAUCCCUCAAAAAAGGACUUAGAAAUGAUAGCCUAUCAGUGCUACUAUCAGCUGAGGCUCGCGAGAAGGCCUGCGCUGGAGCUUCUUCAGCUGUUGGUUUAUAUAAACAUUUACAAGAAACUUUCGCCUGUUCUCGGUAUUACGACGGUGAGCUAUGAUCAUCAGGCCGAAAUUGCCGAAAUUGUGUUUCUUGCAAAGCUGCUCGGCCUUCAUAGAGAUGGAAGUUUCCUCGAGAGUUUGGGACUAAACGAAGAGAACCUAGAUGGGAGAAGAAGAAUAUGGAUUUAUAUACUAACCUUGGACUUGGACCAAGCUGCUGAAUGUGGUUGCUCUUUGAUUGUCCGCGAGGAUGAAUAUGAUACCAAAUUGCCCACACUCAAUCCUAGCCACUCCAUCCAAUACGAACUGGACCAUAUGCUGCGAAUAUCAAUUGGAAAUAUCUUGAGGAAGGUUUUCAACUUCAUGGAGCCAAAUGUCAAUCUUCUUGAUAUCAUCUUCAUGCUCGACAAACUUGAUGCAGAUCUGGGGGAGUUCAGCAUCGAUCAUCUAGUUUGUCAUCCUGAUGAUUCGCUUGACUUGAGAAACGGCAAGCUGGAGUCAUUGCGGAGAUUCAUUAUGACCAAGAAUUUCCUUGGAGCUCUGUACUUUCACCUGACACUGCACUUUGAAUCCAAAGGGAGUUUUUUACUAUUCGAAAAAUAUGCCAUGAAAACCUUACAGGCCGCAGUCUCUGCAUUCAAGCUUUUGGAACAACUUUCGUCCCUCAACAGCAUACUACAAUUGAAGAAUGCAGAGUUCAUUAUCGCCCCUCAGAUCGUAAACUUUGCAACAAAAGCAAGCAUUUUGAUAGCAUCAUUUUUGCUGCGGAGUAUACAUAGAGAAAACGAAUCCCUGGACGAAGACCACAAAGAGGAAGCCAAAAUUAUCACGAAAAGACUGCUUGGUAUUGUCAAAGGUGGAGUAAAAUGGUCGAAACAAUACCUGAUCAAACGUCCAUACUACUUAUGUUGGAACCAUUCGGAGGUGACGAAAUUCUACCUCAAAAUCUUCCAAUUCUUGAUGAUGAAUUACAGUGAAGUAUAUGGACCCGGAAUCAAGAUAUACGACAAUUCCGGGAGUGAAAUUAGUACGCCGCUCAUCAAUGGAUUUUGCCAUUUGUCAAACGAGAGGCUAAGGAUGAUUUCGUCGUUGCUGAGUGAUAUAAAAGGGUGA